AUGCGCCAGUCUCCAUGUGAGCAGCAGUGUGGGGGAGGAAUUUUCACGUGUCUUUCAUCUUUUGUCAGGCACAUCAUAUCUGACCCUGAGGACACACAGCCCGAACUUGAGGAACCCGAAGAGAAGCCACGUGACUCUGAUAAUCCUCCGAGCACAGAAGGAUGUGCGGAAACGCAGGCUUCGAGUGGCCCUUCGGUGUGCGAGGUGUGUCUGAAGACCUUCGGACUCUAUCACCUGACUUACAAUGGGCAUCACGGCUAUGACUACAAGGAGUUAGCAGGAGGCCAGGCUGAGGAGACCGACUGUGAAGGUAAUCAGUGUGACAAAGGUUCCCUUCAGAAAGAGAAAAGUCCUACUGGAAAGAAACUCUAUGUGUGUCAAGAGUGCGGCAAAGCCUUUCGCUAUCCUAGUGCCCUUCAGUUACACGAAAGGAUCCAUACUGGAGAAAAGCCCUAUGAGUGCAAAGACUGCGGGAAAGCCUUCAGGGGCCUUAGCGCCCUUCAUUUGCACGAAAGAAUCCACACCGGAGAGAAACCCUACGAGUGCAAACAGUGCGGCAGAGCCUUCACGUAUCUCAGCGCCCUUCAGUUACACGAAAGAAUUCAUACCGAGGAAAGACCGUGCGAGUGUAAGCAGUGCGGGAAAACCUUCCGGUACAGCAGAGCCCUCAAGUUACACGAGCGGAUUCACACCGGGGAGAAGCCCUACGAGUGCAAACAGUGCGGGAAAUUCUUCAGAAGUCACAGGACCCUCAAGUUACACAAGAGGAUUCACACCGGGGAGAAGCCCUACGAGUGUAAAGACUGUGGCAAAGCCUUCAGGUGGCUCACGUCCCGCAAGCUCCACGAGAAGAUUCACACGGGAGAGAAACCCUAUAAAUGCCAAGAGUGCGGGAAAGCCUUCCGCUGUCAGGCGUCCUUCCACAGGCAUAAAAUAACCCACGGCGGGGAGACCUUGUAUGAGUGCAAAGAGUGCGGCAAGUCCUUCAUUUACCCCUCUCUACUUCAGGUGCACGAAAGAACUCACACCGGUGAGAAGCCGUUUGAGUGCAAGCUGUGCGGGAAAGCCUUCAGGUGCCAGUCCUCGCUUCGGCUGCACGAGAGAACGCACACCGGAGAGAAGCCUUACGAAUGUAAACACUGCGGCAAAGCCUUUUCAAGUUACAAUUACCUUCGCUUUCACGAAAGGAGCCACACCGGAGAGAAGCCAUAUGAAUGUAAAGAGUGUGGUAAAACCUUCACACACCGCUCUUACCUUCGAUCCCAUGAGAGAAGGCACACCGGGGAGAAGCCGUACCAGUGCGUGCGGUGUGGCAGGUCCUUCAGCCGGCACAGUUCCUUUAAGAGACAUCAGUCCGUCCACGGAGUGGAAAGCCCAUAUGAUUGUCAGCAAUAUCUAAUUCCUUUAUCCCCGUUUUCUUCAAAGGAAUAAUGAAAGAACAGAUACUAGCAGCAAACCCUUUGAAUGUAAACAGUGUU